CACAACAACAAAAAAAAAAAGAUCUUCCUAUCAGUGAGGAACAAGGCCUGCCUGCAAUAACAUAAUAAUAAUUAAAUUAUUAUUAUUAUUAUUGUUAUGUGGUAGGUAGGUGCAGGUCGAUCAUGGGAGGAAUAGUGGAUUUGAGGCAUAUGAUGUCUGCUGUUCUUACAUUCUCAAUGUUCAUUAUGCUUGGCCACAUGAUCAAAAGAGACCACAUUGAUCCAGCUCUGGGGCCACUGAAGAGAUCACCAAUUGUAGUCCAGUACAGUGUCCUCAAGGUCUCCAAAACAGGCAUGCUUAAACUCUCAGAAACCAAUUCAGGGCCCUGGAAUUGGAACUGGAAUUGGAACUCCAAGAACCAACAUCACCAUAACCCCUCCUCCACCACCCACCCCUGCUGGAACAUACCCUCAAUACUAACAAAACAGCAGGAAACCAGAGGCUACAUCUUCUUCACCCUCACUCCCAACCCUGAAUUUCAUGCCUCCCAAGUUGCAAAUGCCGUUGCAGUAGCGAGGCAUCUGAGAGCGACGCUAGCACUUCCCGACAUCAGAGGAUCCGACUCGGCACAGAAAAGGAAUUUCAGCGAAAUCUACGACGUGGACAAAUUCGUAACAAGCCUGGACGGGGUAGUAGCAGUCAACAAGAAUCCACCAGCUGAACUAUCAAAUGAGAAGCUUACCGUAGUCAGAAUCCCGGAUAAAGUUACCAAUAACUACAUCGAUUCAAUCAUUAGGCCAAUUUUCAAGACUAAGGGAAACCUUAAAAUCAUCACUCUCUUCAGCUCCAAGGAGAAAGAAAAGCAGCAACCAAAUCCAUACCAGUGCCUGGCAAUAACCAAAGCCCUAAAACUACAACCAGAGCUUCAGAACCUGGCGGCAGAUUCAUCUCGGUAG